GCUCCGUAUGACUCGUCACGUACGAAAACACAUAAAAUUUAUCGGCAACUUUUUCCAUCGCUUUGUUCAUUUCCAAUCACCGGCUACAUAUACCGCAAACAUUGUUAAUAUUUAUUUUCACUCUUCUAUGUUUCACUAAAAAUCGGUAUAACAAUGUGUCGUAAGUGUACACAAAACGGCGUAAUUAAUUCCGCAGCCGAAAACAUAGACGCGUCUUUCCACCGAUUUAAUGUGGAUUUUAAUAAAAAAUGAGUGACAGUUUUAUUGUGAAAAUUGAAUAAUUAAUACUUCAGUGAUCGUGAAGGUAAUAUUUGUGUAAUAAUAAAAUCGGUAUGUAGAAGAAUAAAAACGUGAAUGAUUGAGAGAUGGGUGUGGAGGGAAUGACGAUGCCGAUCGGCUCCAGAUCCUCAGGUAAAGGAUCCAACGAAAGGACCGGAUCUCGAUCCAAGAUCGGCAAGACGGUGACUUGGAUUACGAGAAAAUCGUUACGAUAAGUCGAAACCCGUUUCACAUAUACAUAUAUUUUUUUGUCACUGGUGUUACGAAACCCGUCUAUCAUCGGCAACGACUUGUGAUUAUUUGUUAUGCGCGAUAACCGGUCGACAAUCACAAAGUAUGCCGUUCGUCGUGAGAAAAAUCGAGCCAAGAUACGUUGGACGUGGGCACGUGCCGCAGAAUGCAACGAGUGCAGAAACUUGGCCAGUUGGUGCAGAAUUGGGUGCUGUAUCGAAUGGCGCAUUAGCAAGUACCUUAAAACAACUUGCAUCACUAUUAUCCAUUGCCGAGGAUAUAUUUGGCGAAUUAACAGCGGAAUUAACAAGUGUAGCAGACAGGAGUGGCGUACUCCGACGAAGAAUCGAUCGACUGGACGAUCGAUUAGCGAGCAUCGAUCCAAAGAAAAUACCAGUCCCGGAAUCGGACAUAUGCACAUUUGCACUGAGAAAGGACCACUUCAAAGCAUCACGAGAGCCAAUAACGGGUAUCUUUGCGUCGGUUACGAGACCUCGUGCACUCCAACAAUUGUAUGAUGCUGCUGCAACAGUUGCUGUACGAAAUUUGGAUAGUCUCAGAAGAGAGAAGGAUGGAAGUUCCAUGGAAAUGUAUCUGUGCACUCCAGUGCUUGGAAAAAGGAGAAGGGACCAGAGUCUGGACAUUGAGUCUCGAGUGCCCGCCGUUUUGGAGGACUUGAGAAGAUGGACGUCCAGUGAAGCCCUUGGUGAUAUCACGGUCCCACCGGACUGCGCGUCGAGGAUUCUUCAGGAGCUGGUGGCUGAUGAUGCUGUUGAUCAUAAAUUGCCUAGUCCGGAGGAGCAGGUUCAAGCCAUCGCUCUCAAAUUCCCAGCGGAAAUAGUAGCGGUGGAUGUGAGUGGUCGUGGUUUCGAGAGAAUGUCCAUGAGAAGGAGAUCCUUGCUAUCUGCGCGGCCAACAGGUGAAAAUCAGGAUGCAAGCGUGAAACGUAGAUCACGACCGCGCAGGCCACGGGGAAAGAGACGAAAUACGAUAGCUGGAACGGACAGAAAGGAGAUUCGUCGAGCAGUUGGAGAAGAGUCGACAACUCACGAGGCUGAUGCUUCAGCUCGAGAGGAUGAGAUUAUAUCUGACGACUCCCCAGGCAGAGCUCACCGUUCAGCAAGUACAGAUAUACUGGGUAAAAAGGAAUCACCAACCGAGAGAAAAUGGCACUUUGACACAUUGCGAGCCUGGGGUAUGUCGCGUCUCAAAUUAAUAAGCCCAAAAUACGAUGACAACAAAAUCGAUAAGAAAUCACGUGAGGCGCAAGGAUCGUGUGACGAUACAAAUGUAUACGAAAUGAUAAAUACACAGCGUAGAAAGAGGGAUAAAUCACACGAGAGAAAACCGAGUUCAUCGAGCUCAAGUGGUAAAAGUAUAGCAUCUAGUAUCGCUGUAUCGAUACCAUUACCGGAGAGGCCAGUAAAAUUGCGCGAAUGCGCUGCCCAAAAAAGGGAGAGGAGAAAAGGUGGAAAUAAUCGUGAUGAUCCACCACACUCGAGCUCUGGUAAUUGGAGUGCGUCAUCAGAGAGUGGUAGAGCGAGUAUAGGAAGUGAAACAACGACCAAUCCACCGAGAUCAACAACGACAACAUCAACUGGCACAUGCUCGAUAUCAUUGAGUCAUGCAAGGAGAUUAAGGGGAAGGGAUACAUCGACUUCGUCAUCUGUGACGUCCGAGGGAACUCUCACCCCGGAUAUUAUUCAGGAUAUUGGUGUAAUUCCGUUUUCGGAUGAUGCUGAGGGCGAAGGGGAGACUUGCUCAGUUUAUUCCUGCGAUACUGAGGGAUAUUACACGUCUUUCCACAUGGAUUCAGGACUUAAGACCCUCAGGGAGGAGGAGACUAUCCCCCAGGCACCCCUCACAAAAUCCAAUGAAGUCAGUCCUGAUUCAUUAUCACCUCUUGUUGAGAAUGAGUAUGAAUUAUUUGGGAGGGGUUCCACUUCGACUACCACUAGUUCCGCGGGAACUGUUUGUACUACUCUUCUUGCACCACCACCACCAGAGAGGAAGUCCAGUCUCACUGUUGUCGCGAUGGUUCACGGUCAGAAUAAAAAUGGUGGAGAAUCACCGGACAGUGGACACAACACGUCCUCAUCUCCUGUCGAAUCAGCAUCAAGUCCGGCUUGCACAGGGAGAUCAUGCUCUGAGCUGGAGUACUCUGAAUCGAGUGAUCUCGAGGGUUGCGACAGAAUUGAGAGAAUUCGAUCGAAAACUGCGAUAAAUACGAGCAGAAUUCCCUCCAUGUGUGUCAUAACACCACCAGGAUCUGACGAUGAGACCAGUAAAGAGAUCCCUCAGGACUCAUCUAACAAAAAAACCGAUGGCAUUGAGACAAAUAGUCCCGGUGCUGUUCUCAUGUCAGCAACAGUUGGAACAUCAAAAAUGGAAGUGAUCAAUGGCCAGGACAAGAAUCUCUACGCCACUGUUCAAACAAUCGAUCCAAAGACUAGAGAACCACCAGCUGAGAGGGCACCUUUCAAGACAAGUCCCCUCAGUGGCAUGUUGGAUAGAAUUCGUGGUGUUUUACCACUGAGUCGGAAGCAACCAGGGAAGACUGAAAUUAUUCCACAGACACAGCCUACUUGUCAUGACUCUGGCGACUAUGUUACCAUAGCCGACGUGAGGAAUAAUAAUGACAAAGGCCGGAAUGCCAAUCAAUUAAUUUAUUCCAACGGUGAAUUAUUGGAGCAUGAUCGAAGGGACACUGAGUACAUAAGUCUCAGUGAAUUGCCGAAAAAACCGGAUUCAUCGCUGGAGAGGAAGCGACAGGGUGCGAGAGUCACUCUAGACUCUGAUGGAAAAGUUGUUUACUCGUCGGACAGUCUCAAGAGGCGAAAGGGAACGCAUACCACUUUCAAUCCAGGUCCAUUCGUGAAAGAGACAAGUUCAACUCCAUCUCCCACAGCUUCGCCAAUGUUUCGACGAGCCCAGCCCCAAAUUCGUGCUGUAUCAACAAAACAAUCGGAGCGUAUCCCAAGACCGGGUAAACUCGUAAUCCGGGCUGGAAAGAGUCCCGAGCGUACGACUGAAAAAAACGAACGUGAAAAGCAAACACGUGGUGCCUAUGUCAACGUGCAGAGCGAGGAAGAUAAUGGGUUGCUAGCCUUUUCAUCUGAGCCAACACCGUCUCAGGCUAUUCAACAAUUUCCACCGCCAUACGUAUCACCCCCUCAGCCCCAGGAGUGGCGACUACGCCAGGAGGAUAUCAAUAAAUCAACGGAUAAAGAUUCACAGGACAGCAACACCGACUCACAUCGCCGUAAUAUUCCUCAUCAGAGAAUAACCCACGAUUCAAGACACUAUAUUGGUAGAAAGCCAGUGUUUACGCCGAAUCAAUAUUAUACACUGCCAAAUCGGAAACCCCAGAGGGAAAUAAGAGAUCCUAUUCGAUGUGUUACCCCAGACAUCACCAGGGGACUUGGCAAACAUCGGAAUAGCCCAGUGGUCAGUGAUCGUAAAAAUUUACAUCAUAAUGGUCAGAUCAUAUCGGCUCCCGUGGACUCACGAAAUAGGUUCUUCGCACCACUGGGCCUGACUGCUCGGGGCUACCGAUUUUUCGCCUCAUCUCCACUGGAACCUCACGAUCGGUCAACAACCGAUAGCUCAAAUCACCCUGGCGUAUCACCGAUUCCGAUUAAACCAUCAGCUAAAUCCAAUCCUACUGUCGCCCAGAGAUUAUCAACACUCGCUGGCAAUCCAUAUGCCUAUUCUACACCCACGCUCGCUACCAAAGAGACCUACAGCGAUUCAGCGUCUGUCGCAUCGUCCUCGGGAAGAACCACACCCACUAAUGGAUUAUUAUCACCCACCAGGAGUACUAUGUCGAAUGAAGAGCUGUUUACGGCUAUUCAUAAAUCAAAAAGAAAGCUCAAUAUAAGGAAUGAUGGAGAUCAUUUGGGUGAUGGAACAAAAUCGUUGGAUAGCCGAUUUAGUCAGACUGGAACGAGACACAGUUGGAGUCCAGAGUCUACUAGUACUCCUGAGGUGCCCCCGACUAUUUCAUCUCAGUCAUCGACCUCGAGAAUGGAUUUCAAGCGUCUUCUGCUCCAACAGAGUACGAAAAUGGGCCCGAGUCGAGUGUCGGCAGCGGAGCAAUUAAAAUUAUCCCGUCAACAGUGUCAACCUCAGUACCAGCACCGAAGCCAACAGUCUCCACCUCCACAGCCAUCUCUGGCUAGAGCCCUGAGCCCCAGGUCCAUCUGGAGAUUUCAAACUCCACGAAGUGAUGUUCUGUCAUCAACUAUUGUCGAGGAUGCAGCGGCUGAGGAACGAGCCAUGGAGUUAUCGCCAGAGAAUUCCAUCCACAAUGUUCAUGGCAGACUGAGAACUAGGAGACAAUUGGACAUGUGUUCAAUAUCUCCUAUUAAAAAACCGACAAGUUCAUCGAUCAAUCGUUAUUCAGAAAUAUCAACGAGGAAUUUUGACAAUCGGGGAAAUUCAGAAAAACCCAUGGAUUCAGAAUCUGAAUCACGCAGAGUGAGAAAUCAACGCGCAAGAGCUGAAUUUUUAACAGGAUCAUCAACAAGUAGCGAUCAAUAUCGUAUGGGAUUCCGGGCACGUUCUGAAUCACCUAGGCAGCCAUCAGGAAGUGCCAAGGGUGUUGCCAGAAGCCCCAGUGCUCCAACUCUCGAAACUGCACUUUAAUUGUGGCUUUUCUGCGCCCAAUGCAAGUUCAGAACUUGAGAUGCUUGAAAUUGUUCACUGAUAAGAAAGUUUCAUGUCGAAAUUCAACAAGAAACCAGACAUAUGUAUUUUAAAACAGCCAAACCGUUCAAUCGAAAACUCCACGGAAAUUUGCAUACAUUUCAGAGCAAUUGCUCUGAGAAAAAUUAUGCCACCAUGAAAUUUACUCAGUGAUUUUUUUUUUGAAAUCUCUGAGAAACUCUUGGAAUAUUCUACUGAAAAAUUCCGUCAUCUCAGUAGAUCGUGAAAUUGUCACGAACUGGAACUGAUUUUGGAAUUGAUUGAAUUCAUCUCGAUCUACCGAUUCCCCAGAAUUAUUUUGUUUUAGAUUUUUUUUCAGUAUUUAUGAUCAAUUCACAGGUGAAAAUUGUGUUCUAACGGUUAAAUAUCUGUAUAUUUGUAGAGUAGAUUUGAAUUUUCCUGCAUUGUGUGAAAGAAAAAAAUGAUUUUGAAACGCAUGACGGUAAUUAGCGGAAUAGAUAUUCGUAAUCACACGCUGAUUGCAGAAUAUAUUUAGAAACGAAGUGCCUAUGAGAAUGUAACGAGCUUCGGCGUUUUCAUUUCACAAGUCAAUUUCGAUAAAAAAAAAUAUUAUUAUUUAUUAAUUUAUUCCAUAUGGACAAUCGAAUAUAUUAUAUUUUAUAUCGUCAUUUAUGAAAACUUGUAAAUAUACGAAGAUUUAUAUUCUACAUUUAUUA